AUGGUGGUUAAUGAGAAAACGAUAAACUCCAAGCUCAACGUUGCUAUCAUUGGGGGCGGUCUUGGUGGACUUGCUCUCAGUAUUGGACUUCUCUCGCACCGUGAUCAUCUCAAUAUUACAAUCUACGAAUCAGCUCCUUGCUUCGCGGAAAUCGGUGCUGGUGUUGCAUCAGGCCCCAAUGCUGUGAACGCAUUGGGUUUAAUCUCUCCAGACAUUCUGAAAGGUUACAAGAAAUGUGCAACGUUCAAUGAAACUCGUGAUCGGGAUAAUGCCUGGCUGACUUUGCGGUACGGCAUGGAUAGUAGAAACGGGGAAGGAAAGAAAUUGGACUUCGUUCAUCAUAUCGGGGAGAAAGGAAAGUCUCUAGGAGAGAUCUCGGAACUGUUAACGUCCGAGGGGAUUAAGAGGAGAAGUUGUGUGCAUAGGGCCAGGUUCUUGGAUGAAAUGGCCGCAUUAAUCCCAGAUGGAAUGGCAAAGUUCAAGAAAAGCCUCGUGAGCGUUGAAGAGAUGGAAGGGGACAGCAAAGAAUUAAAGUUGAAUUUUGCAGAUGGUGAAACAGCUUUCGCGGAUGUAGUGGUUGGUUGUGAUGGCAUCAAAAGUGUGACAAGAGAAUUCGUUGUGGGAGGCCAGUCAGUUCAGCCAGAAUUUGCCGGCAUCUACGCUUAUAGAGCUAUGAUUCCCAAAGAUGUCGCGAGAGAAGCAAUAGGAGAUGAUCUGGCAUUGAAUGGUCAAUUGUACCUUGGAUAUGACGGAUAUAUGAUUACUUACCCGGUGGAACAUGGCGAUUUGAUUAACAUAGUUGCACUGAAGACGAAGAAGGACAUGGAAUGGAGUAAGGAGCGUUGGUUGAUACCUGCCUCGAAAGAAGAGAUGUUAUCCGAUCUAGAAGGUUUUGAAGGAAAACUGGUUGAACUGGUUUCCGAAUACAGCAGCGGAGAUAAAUGGGGACUUUUCCAUCUUCCGCAUCCUCAGCAAUAUUAUCGUGGGAGGGUAUGUCUUAUGGGUGAUUCUGCUCAUGCAAGUACACCGCACUUGGGAGCUGGCGCUGGAAUGGCCUUUGAGGAUGCAUAUGUUUUGAGUCACCUCUUUGAGGGUGUCAAGAAUAUUAACGAUAUUGAAGAGGCACUCAAGGCUUUCGAUACCGUAAGGAGACCGAGAUCGCAGAAACUAAUCAGCAGUAGUAAGGAGUCCGAAGAGCUCCUUACGCUUUCUCAUGGGGAAGUUGGAGAAGAUGUAGGAAGGAUAGCGGACAAGAUUGAUUUGUUGUAUGAAUGGGUCUGGGAUUAUGACCUUGAAGGAAGUUUGCUAGAGGCGAAACAGCUUUCGGGGUUGUUUUAA